UUUUGACGCAAGAACUGUCACUUGACAUUUUUAAAGAUUUCUUCACCACGAUUUUCAAUUUCGUCAGCACCACGCGACCAAUAUUGCCGGCCAACAGAUGUUUAAGUAAAGAGUGCAGUUUACUCAUCUAGUUAAAUGAGAAACUUUCUUACUUUAGUGUAUAAAUGUAGUGUAUUUAGUAAACAUCUGCCAGUUGCGUGUACACAGUUGAGACUUUCACACAGUGUCCCACAGUGGGGGAGUAAUAAAGUUCAUAGAAAGAUCAAGAUCCCCAAUCCUCAACGAGAAAUAAUCAUGGCUGAUCCCAAGAUCGAGGAAAUCCUAGCGCCUCUGCGUGCUGCUGUCAAAGAGCAGGGUGAUAUGGUUAGAAAGCUAAAAGAAGAGAAGGCUCCCGAAAUCGAUAUCAAGAAAGCAGUAGCAGAGUUGAAAACAAGGAAAAAGGUGCUAGAAGACAAAGAACUAAGUCUCGCACCAGCCGAAGAGCUCUUUGAUCGCGCUAAAAUGGAAGAUUUAAUUAAGCGGAGAUUCUUUUAUGACCAAUCCUUUGCUAUUUACGGAGGUAUUACUGGACAAUUCGACUUCGGUCCUAUGGGGUGUGCUCUCAAGAGCAAUAUGAUCCAGCUGUGGAGGAAAUACUUUAUCCUUCAAGAGCAAAUGUUGGAGGUGGAUUGCUCCAUACUCACCCCUGAACCUGUACUGAAAGCAUCUGGACAUGUGGAAAGAUUUGCUGACCUCAUGACCAAGGAUGUCAAGACUGGAGAGUGCUUCCGGCUAGACCACCUCAUCAAGGCGCAUUUAGAAAAAAUAAAAAGUGAGAAAAACACCAAGGCAGAAUUGAAAGCAGAGAUUGAAGAUAUCAUUGUUAAACUUGAUGGCAUGACUGCUGAUGAGAUGUCAGCUUUGAUGACGAGAUUCAACAUGAAGUCACCAGUGAGUGGCAAUGAUCUGACACCACCUAUUGAAUUCAACCUUAUGUUCAAUACUCAAAUUGGUCCCUCUGGUCUUGUUAAAGGUUUCCUUAGACCUGAAACUGCUCAGGGCAUCUUUGUGAACUUCAAGCGGCUAUUAGAAUUCAACCAAGGUAGGCUGCCAUUUGCAGCUGCACAAAUUGGAAAUUCUUUCAGGAAUGAAAUCUCACCCAGAUCUGGACUGUUAAGAGUGAGAGAAUUCACUAUGUGUGAGAUUGAACACUUCUGUGACUCGAAGGAUCAUCCUAAAUUUGAAUCAGUAAAGGACACCCAAAUGCUGCUAUACUCUGCUGACAACCAAGAACAAGGCAGACCUGCAGAAAUCAUGAGCAUAGGAGAUGCAGUGUCUAAGGGAAUCGUGAAUAAUGAGACUUUGGGAUACUUCAUGGCAAGAAUUCAUUUGUACUUGUUAGCUGUUGGUAUAGACUCCAAGAAGUUAAGAUUUAGACAGCACAUGGGUAAUGAGAUGGCUCACUAUGCCUGUGACUGCUGGGAUGCAGAGUGCCUCACCAGCUAUGGUUGGGUAGAAUGUGUGGGAUGUGCUGAUAGGUCAGCCUAUGAUUUGACUCAGCACACAAAGGCCACUGGCAUCAGACUUGCAGCAGAAAAGAAACUCCCAGCUCCCAAGCAGAUUGAAGUAGUGGAAGCUGUAGCUAACAAGGCUGCCAUUGGCAAAGCAUUUAAGAAAGAUGCUAAAGUUAUCAAUGAUGCCCUGGCAGCAAUGGAUACUGCAGCUCUAGAGGAAUUACAGGGCAAGUUAGACAAUGAUGGAGAAUUUGCUCUGUCCACUCCCAAUGGUGAAUUCAAACUCACUAAAGACCUUGUUAGUGUGAAAAAGAGUCAAAAGACUGUCCAUGUGGAGGAAAUUAUUCCAAGUGUCAUUGAACCCUCCUUUGGUAUUGGUAGAAUUCUUUACUCAGUGCUGGAACAUAACUUCAAGAUGAGAGAAGGUGAUGAGCAGAGAACCUACUUCUCUUUGCCAGCUACUGUUGCUCCAAUGAAGUGUGCUGUGCUGCCAUUGAGCAGCAAUGCUGAAUUCCAGCCAUUUGUGAGACAGCUCAACCAAGAAUUAACAAAUGUUGAUGUAUCCCAUAAAGUCGACGACUCUUCUGGUUCUAUUGGGCGCAGGUACGCCAGAACUGACGAACUGGGCGUUCCAUAUGCUAUCACAGUGGACUUUGAUACUCUCAAGGAGCCUCACACCGUAACAUUGAGAGAAAGAGAUAAUAUGGGACAAGUUCGACUAGAAAUUGCAGAUGUACCAGCUGUGGUCAGGGACCUCUCUAACAGCAAGAUAUCAUGGGCUGAUGUGGAAGUCAAGUAUCCCAAGUUCGAACAACAAGAGAGCAAGGGCGCCGCGGCAUAGAUGACGCAAAUAGGUUUAUUUACACAGCUGCAUUGAUCUUGCAUUAUACUUCUAUUUAUUGUUAGCUGUAAGCUUCAAUGUAUAAAAUCAAUUUCUAGUUCCAACUAGUUUUGAGCAAAUAUUUUGCAAUACACUAUUGAUUUUA